AUGUCAAUCAGGCAUUUGGCAGCUGCCGCUCUCCUAACACUCACAGUACUGGCAUCAGUGAGAGCGCAAGUAAUGCCACCGUCAGACUUGAGGUUUAAGAUUUUAAAUGAAAACACAGUACAAAUGACAUGGAAACAACCACUGACAAGGAUCGAGGGCUUCAGAAUACAAGUAAUGUCUGAUACAGAUGAAACUGUUCAAGAAUUCACACUGCCUGCAACCUCAACCAAAACUUCCAUCAAUGAUCUGACACCUGAUGUGGAUUAUGUUGUUACGAUAAAUUCAUAUUCUGAAGCAGAAGAGAGUAUACCGAUCUCUGGUCAAAUAACAAUCCAAUCAAGCGGUUUUGAAGGAGGCUCCAGGAAACCUCAGGUCUCAGAUUCCAUCAAAUGCACUGUAGGUGUCAUUGCUGACCUUGUCUUCCUGGUGGACGGCUCUUGGAGUGUUGGGCGGGACAAUUUCAAAUUCAUCCGCAGUUUCAUAGGUGCCAUGGCUGGGGCGUUUGACCUUGGAGAGGACAAGACCAGAGUAGGUGUGGUCCAGUACAGUACUGACACCAGAACUGAGAUUAACCUGAACCAGUACUUCAAACGGGCCGAUCUGCUAAGAGCCAUUAGCAAUCUGCCAUACAAGGGCGGCAACACCAUGACAGGUGAUGCUCUGGAUUAUCUGCUGAAAAACAUAUUCACAGAGGCGUCUGGUUCCCGUAAAGGAUUCCCCAAAGUGGCUGUAGUUAUCACAGAUGGGAAAUCUCAGGACCCUGUGGAGGGUUAUGCCAAAAAGUUGAAGAAUGCUGGUGUUGAAAUCUUCACUUUGGGGAUUAAAGAGGCAGAUGAGGAAGAAUUGAAACAAAUGUCUUCCACGCCUUACAGGACACACGUUUACACGGUGCCAAACUUUGAUAUGAUUAAAGCUGUGGAGAAAUCGCUCAUUACGCAGGUGUGCACAAGUGUAGAUGAUCAACUGAACUCUCUGGUUAGCGGCGAGGAAGUUGUUGAACCAGCAUCAAACCUGCAAGUCACAGAGGUUGCGUCCAAGUCUAUGCGUGUUACAUGGGAUGCGUCUAUAGGGGAGGUGACUGGAUAUAAGGUACAACUGGUUCCCAUGAUGGCUGGCAGCAAACGUCAGGAGCUGUAUGUGGGUCCCACUCAGACCUCAGUGAACGUGAGAGAUUUGUCUCCUGACACUGAAUACGAGAUCAGCCUGUUCGCACUCAAAGGUCUGACGCCCAGCGAACCGGUUUUGGCGAUGGAGAAAACCCAGCCUGUUAAAUUAUCAUUGGAAUGUUCUCUUGGUGUGGAUGUUCAAGCUGAUGUUGUUCUCCUGGUCGACGGCUCCUACAGCAUUGGACUGGCAAACUUCGCAAAAGUACGAGCUUUCUUGGAAGUCCUGGUCAACACAUUUGAUAUCGGGGCUGACAAAGUUCAAAUCAGCUUGGUGCAGUACAGCCGAGACCCACACACUGAGUUCUACCUGAACACCCACCAUGACCUGAGCGCUGUCGUCAAAGCCGUAAGAACGUUCCCUUACCGCGGCGGGUCCACCAACACGGGCAAAGCAAUGACGUAUGUGAGAGAGAGGAUCUUUGUUCCAACCCGAGGUGCUCGUACAAACGUACCUCACGUUAUGAUUCUUAUCACAGAUGGAAAGUCCUCAGAUGCCUUUAAAGACUCAGCGGCUCGGCUUAGGAACUCGGACGUGGAAAUUUUCGCAGUGGGCGUGAAAGACGCCGUCCGGUCGGAGCUGGAGGCCAUCGCUAAUCCUCCAGUGGAGACCCACGUGUACACAGUAGAGGACUUUGAUGCCUUCCAGAGGAUUUCCAAUGAACUAACCCAGUCCAUCUGCCUGCGAAUCGAGCAGGAGCUUCUAAACAUCAAGAGGAGAAGUUUGAUUGCACCCAGGUCCCUGACCUUCUCAGAGGUGACCUCCAGGAGUUUCCGAGCUUCGUGGAUAACUGAUGCCGUGGACGUGCAGUCUUACCUAGUGCAGUACAGGCCUGCCGUGGACACAGAUGCAGGCUACAUCUCCCUCUCUGUGCCAGGAAACACUCCUACAGCUGUCUUACUUCACCUCACGCCUGUCACGAAGUAUGAAGUCAAAGUUUACGCCCAGUAUGAGAAGGGAGAAAGCUUCGCCCUAACUGACUUUGAGACCACGCUAGAAGAACAAGGAUCCGUGAACAACCUCAGAGUGUCCGAGGAGACCACCAACAGUUUCCGUGUCUCGUGGGGAGCAGCUCCGGGGGCCGUGAUGCGAUAUAGACUCACGUACGUCCCAGUCCAAGGGGAUACUAGCUUGCUAGAGACGGCAACAACUGGCCCUGACACUACCAUCAUCUUGCAACAACUUGACCCGAUCACAACCUAUCGUGUCUCUGUGGCGGCUGAAUACCCAGCAGGUGUUGGGCCUCAGAUGCAAAUCGAUGGAACAACCAAAGAAGAACGUGGCUCGCCGAGAGACCUGCGUGUUUCUGACGAGACUGUGUCCUCCAUGCAGCUGUCCUGGGCGGCUGCGCCAGGAAGGGUCCUUCAGUACCGUGUGUCUUACCAACACACAGCGGGCGGUGAGAUCAAAGAAGUGAUGGUUAAAGGUGAAACCACAGCGACGGUGCUGAAGAACCUGCAACCAGGCACAGAGUACCAGCUGGCCGUGAAGGCACGCUACUCCUCCGGGUUUGGAGAUCCACUGCAGGGCACAGGAACCACACUGGAGGAGUUGGGUUCCCCAAGAGACUUGAUAACCAGUGAUGUGACGGACACUAGCUUUAUGGUGUCAUGGACCGCCGCUCCAGGACGGGUGAGGGAGUAUCAUGUCAACUGGAGGUCUCUCUUUUCAGAGGAGUCUGGGAAGAAGGUGGUGCCUGGAGAUGUGACCAGAAGUCUGCUGGAGAACCUCACACCUGAAACACGUUAUCAGGUGUCUGUGUUCGCUUCUUAUGCCAGCAAGGAUGGAGAACCACUGGUGGGAGAGGAGACCACUGAUGCAUCUAUGUCUGGCAAGGCUUUAGUUGUGUCCGAUGAAACUGAGAGAACCAUGCGUGCGACAUGGCUACCCGCUCCAGGCCCUUUGGCCAACUACAGGCUCACGUAUAUCUCUCAGGCCGGCGGUAAAGAGAUGACCAUCAAGGUUCCAGCCAAUGUGACUACCACCAUGCUGAGGAAACUGCAGCCUCUGACCACCUACGACAUCACCGUGCAUCCCAUUUAUAAACGUGGAGAAGGAAAAGCAAGGCAAGGAGUAGGAACCACAUUGUCAUCAUUUAAAGCCCCAAGAAACCUGCAAACCUCUGAGCCCACCAAGACGAGUUUCCGUGUGUCUUGGGACCCCGCUCCUGGUGACGUACGUGGGUACAAAGUCACUUUCCAUCCCAGCGGUAAUGACAUUGAUCUGGGAGAACUUCUCAUUGGUCCUUACGACCACACUGUCGUUCUAGAGGAACUCAGAGCUGGAACUAAAUACUCCGUGGCUGUUUUUGGAAUGUUUGAUGGAGGUCAAAGUAUGCCGUUAGCUGGAGAGGAGAAGACCACCCUCUCUGAUGCACCUGAGCCCCCUCCUGUUAUGUCCUCUGAUGCUCAGUGUAAGACAUCAGCCAAGGCUGAUAUUGUCCUGCUGGUGGACGGAUCCUGGAGUAUCGGCCGUUUGAAUUUCAAAACCAUCCGUGCUUUUAUCGCUCGCAUGGUGGGCGUCUUUGAUAUCGGCCCAGACAGGGUUCAAAUUGGUUUGGCUCAAUACAGCGGGGAUCCCAAAACUGAGUGGCAUUUGAACGCCCAUUCUACUCGUCAAUCUCUGCUAGAGGCAGUAGCCAACUUACCCUACAAAGGCGGAAAUACAAUGACGGGUAUGGCCUUGAACUAUAUCCUCCAGAACAACUUCAAACCAAACGUGGGUCUGAGACCCGAUUCUCGUAAGAUUGGGGUCCUUGUUACCGAUGGAAAAUCUCAGGAUGAGAUUAUAGUGAAUUCUCAGAAACUGCGAGACUCAGGCAUCGAACUAUAUGCCGUUGGGGUAAAGAAUGCAGAUGAAAAUGAGUUACGAUCCAUUGCCUCCGACCCUGAUGAGAUCCACAUGUACAACGUCAAUGACUUCUCCUUCCUGUUGGACAUUGUGGAUGACCUCACAGACAACCUCUGCAAUAGUGUUAAAGGCCCAGGAAGCGGCCCAGGAACACCCACUGACCUGGUGACUUCAGAGGUGACACACUACUCAUUCCGCGCUACCUGGAUGCCACCUGACGAGCCAGUGGAGAGGUUCCGUAUCGAAUACGUCCCUGUUGCUGGAGGAAAGACUGAAGUGAUGUUCGUUGAUGGGGAAGAAAACACAAUUGUCCUGGUCAACUUGACUCCCAUGACCGAGUAUGUUGUCCGUGUUUUUGGCGUGAUCGGUGAGGAGAGCAGUGAGCCUUUGAAAGGAACUGAAACCACAUUGCCACUACCUGCCGUGACAAGCAUGACAGUGUAUGACGAGGCCCUGACGUCCAUGCGGGUCAGGUGGGAGCUUGUGGGCGGGGCCAGCGGGUAUAUGCUCAUCUACAGCGCCAUCAAUGCCAGCGAGCCCUCUGGAAAGAUGGAGAUGCGAGUUGGUGCAGAUGUGAAUGACGUCCAGCUAUCGCAGCUGCUUCCAAACACGGCGUACUCCAUCUCCCUGUACGCCCUGCACAGAGAAGCAACCAGCGAACCCCUCAUCGACAGAGGAGUCACUUUGCCUCUGCCUCCAGCUGGUGAGUUGAGAAUCACUGAAGUCACUCACAGUUCCAUGCGUCUUACCUGGGAUGCAGCUCCUGGAAACGUCAGGAAGUACAUCAUCAUGUAUAAGCGAGAGGACGGAGAACAGAAAGAGGUUGAGGUCAUGGGUGACAUCACCACCCUGGUUCUGACCAGCCUCCGCUCACAGACGGAGUAUGAUGUUACUGUCACUCCCAUCUACGACGAGGGUCCAGGAAAUCGAAUGCCUGGCACCGCAAUAACUGAUGUUGUUCCUGCGCCCAAGAACUUGAGGUUUUCUGAGGUGACCCAGACAUCAUUUAGAGUCACGUGGGAGCAUGGAGCACCAGAUGUUGCGCUGUAUCGCAUCGGUUGGACCAAGAAGGGAGAGAACAACUUCAAAUAUGACAUCCUGAGUCGCGAAGAGACGACACAAGUUCUGACGGAAUUAGACCCAGACACAAUGUAUGACGUCACCAUCACAGCAAUCUAUCCCGAUGAGUCUGAGAGCGAGGACCUGAUGGGAAGCCAACGCACAUUGUCAAAGAUCAUUACACCUGUGCCAACUGGACCACCACAAAACCUCCAGGUCUUCAACGCCACCACCACCACUCUCACAGUGAAAUGGGACCAUGCACCAGGCCCGGUCCAGAACUACAAAGUCACCUACCAGCCCGUUGCGGGAGGAAAACCGUUGUCUGUUCAGGUUGGUGGAAAGAAGAACAGUGUUAUUCUUCAGAAACUGACUCCUGAUACGCCAUACUCCAUCACAGUGGCUGCCGUCUAUCGCACUGGAGAAAGCAAAGACAUUUCCGGACAGGGAAAGACAAAGCCUUUAGGAGGAGUGAGAAACCUGCAGGUGCUGAACCCUACCAUGACCACGCUGAACGUCCGUUGGGAACCAGCAGAAGGAAAAGUGAAGGAAUAUAAGGUCAUCUACGUGCCUGCGGCUGGUGGUGCCACAGUCAUGGUAGGACUGGAAGGACUUAAUCAGGUAUCUGGAACCACCACGACCACUGUUCUGAGAGGCCUUCAGCCUGAUACUCUCUACACCGUCAACUUGAUUCCUGUUUAUGCAGAGGGAGAUGGACAGAGAAUGUCUGAGAAUGGAAAAACAAGAGCUCUGGGUGGUGUGAAGAACCUGAGGGUCACUGACCCCACAAUGACCUCUCUGAACGUCAAAUGGGAGCCUGCGGAUGGGGCCGUGCGCCAGUACAAGAUAUUCUUCAUCCCUGCGGCAGGAGGAACUGAAGCAAUGGAACAAAUACCUGGUACCCAGACUACCAUAGUUCUAAGGAACCUGCAGCCUGAUACUCUCUACACUGUGUCUGUGGUUCCAGUGUACCCCGCCACAGAGGGCAGACGCCAGUCUGAGAAUGGAAAGACCUUGCCUCUUGGAGGGGUUACAAACCUCCGUCUUACUGACCCCACCUUCACAACACUCACCGCCACCUGGGAAGCCGCCGAUGGCAACGUGCAGGGCUACAAAGUGCUAUAUGUGCCCACCAAUGGAGGAACAGAGCUCAUGGAGCAAGUAUCUGAAAGCACCACAACAUUAGUGAUGAAAAAACUCAUGCCAGACACAAUGUACACAGUGACUGUAGUGCCGGUGUUUGCUGAAGGAGAUGGACCUCAACUCUCUGAGAAGGAAAAGACCAAGCCUUUGGGUGGCGUGAGGAACCUGCAGGUAACAGAUCCAACCAUCAGCACCUUGAAUGUCCGCUGGGAGCCGGCGGAAGGCACUGUGCGGGAAUACAUCGUCAUUUAUGUUCCUGCUGGUGGUCAAGAUCAAGAAGUGGAUCAAGUGUCUGGAACCACAACCUCUACUAUUCUGAAGGACUUAGAGCCUGACACGACUUACACUGUGACUGUGGUGCCAGUCUAUGCUGAGAUGGAGGGCAAACCUCUUUCAGAGAAUGGCAAAACAAAACCGCUGGGUGGAGUUCGCAACCUUCAAGUCACCGAUCCCACCAGCAGCACCCUCUCGGUACGAUGGGAGCAUGCUGAUGGUAACCCUCGAAAUUACAAGGUUUUCUACAUCCCACAGCCUGGAGAUGAUGAGAAGAUGGAACUAGUGUCCGGUGGCACAACAAGCACCAUCCUGCGUAAUCUCAACGCCAACACAUUGUACAAGGUCACAUUGCUGCCCAUGUAUGAAAAUGAUGUUGAAGGAAAACGUCAGUCUGACAAUGGAAAGACAAAACCUUUGGGAAGUGUGAAAAACCUACAGGUGACGGACCCAACUGUGAACUCUUUGAGGGUGCGAUGGGACCCGGCCGAUGGAGAUGUCCGUCAGUACAACAUCAUCUAUGUGCCUCUUGCAGGAGGUGCUUCCAGCACGACCCAAGUGUCUGGAGUGUCAACCAAUACUAUUCUAAGGAACCUGCAGCCAGACACGGAAUACAGAGUUACCGUAAUGCCAGUUUACACUGACGCCGAAGGAAAGAAACAGUCUGACAAUGGAAAAACAAAGCCUCUGGGUGGAGUAAAGAACCUGCAGGUCACCGAACCCACAACCAGCUCAUUAAAGGUGCGCUGGGAGCCAGCUGAGGGUAACGUCCGCCAGUAUAGAAUCUUCUACGUGCCAGCAUCUGGUGGUGCUGAGGACAUGGAGCAAGUUUCUGGAGGAACAACCAACACCGUGCUGAGGAACCUUCUGUCGGACACUGUCUAUACAGUGACUGUGGUGCCUGUUUAUCCUGAGGGAGAUGGACUCCGUCAAUCUGAGAAAGGAAAGACUCUUCCACGUUUCCCUCCCAGAAACAUUGUGGUCUACAACCCGACUCCUAACAGCCUGAACGUGCGCUGGGAGCCCGCCUCGGGCCUGGUGCAACAGUACAAGGUCGUCUACGCCCCACUGAGUGGCAUCCGGCCUCUUGAAUCGGUUCUCGUUCCAGGAAAUAUCAACAAUGCUUUCCUGGAUCAACUCAUCCCGGAUACUCCGUACGCAGUGAGCGUAAUGGCCGUGUAUGCAGACGGACAAGGCCCGGGAAUUGAAGGGAAAGGAAAAACACUACCACGAGCUGGACCCAGGAAUUUGCGUGUCUUCGAAACCACCACGAGCACGAUCAGCAUCGGCUGGGAUCACGCAGAAGGUCCCGUGCAACAAUAUAAGAUUGCAUACGCUCCAAUGACAGGGGAUCCCAUCACAGAAUUCAGUGCUGUUCCUGGCAACAGAAAUAAUGCUAUCCUUCAAAACCUGCUUCCUGACACGCCGUACAACAUCACAGUGACGGCGAUUUAUGCUGAAGGACCUGGUGGAUCCCUGAAUGGAAACGCAAGAACACUUGGCCUGUUGGCCCCUCAGAACCUGCGGGUCUCAGACGAGUGGUACACGCGCUUCCGUGUGUCCUGGGACCCGGCACCAUCUCCGGUCAUGGGUUACAAACUUGUCUACCAGCCAACAGAUAAGGAUGAGUCUUUGGAGGUGUUUGUUGGUGACGUCACCACUUAUACCCUACACAAUCUGCUGCCUGGCACCACGUAUGAUGUUCAGGUGUACGCACAGUACGAUGGUGGUGUGAGCAAAGCCCUCAUCGGACAAGGGACAACAUUGUACCUCAAUGUCACCAACCUGGAGUCAUAUGACGUUGGCUAUGACAGGUUCUGCAUUAAAUGGACACCUCACCGUGCUGCCACAUCUUACAGAAUCAAGCUGAACCCCCUGGAUCCCUCAGCUAAAGGCCAGCAGGAGAUCACCAUCACCGCAGCUCAGAGUCAAUACUGUUUUGAGGGCUUGAGUCCAGACUCUCUCUAUAGCGCUACUGUGUUUGUCCAGACCCCCAAUCUAGAGGGACCCGGAGUCAGUACCAAAGAACGCACCCGUGUCAAACCAACACCUGUGCCAACAAAACCACCCACACCCCCUCCUCCACCCACCAUACCCCCCGGUUGGGCGGUGUGCAAAGGAGCCAAGGCAGAUGUGGUUUUCCUCAUUGAUGGCUCGUGGAGUAUUGGAGAUGACAGUUUCAGCAAAGUUAUCCAGUUUGUCUUCAGCGUUGUCGGAGCCUUUGAUGUUAUUGGUCCAUCAGGAAUGCAGGUGUCAUUCGUGCAGUACAGCGAAGAUGCAAAGACGGAGUUCAAACUCAACGCAUAUAAAGACAAGGGUACGCUGCUCUCCGCUCUCAAACUCAUCCGCUACAGGGGAGGAAACACUAAGACAGGUGUUGCUCUGAAGCAUGUGUAUGAGAAGGUCUUCACUGUGGACAGUGGAAUGAGAAGAAACGUGCCGAAAGUUGUUGUUGCUGUAACAGAUGGACGUUCUCAAGAUGAUGUGCAGAAGAGUGCUGCUAAACUGCAGCACGCUGGUUACAGUGUGUUUGUGGUCGGCGUGGCCGAUGUGGACUUUGUUGAGCUGCAGAACAUUGCGAGCAAACCGAGCGAACGCCAUGUCUUUGUGGUGGAUGACUUUGACGCCUUCUCCACCAUUCAGGACAAUCUGGUCACGUUCAUUUGUGAAACGGCUACAUCCUCCUGCCCAUUGAUUUAUGUAAAUGGUUUUACAUCGCCAGGAUUCAGAAUGUUGGAAGCCUUCAAUUUGACUGAAAAGGUGUACGCUAGCACCAAGGGUGUGUCUAUGGAACCCGGUUCUUUCAACAGUUACACCGCCUACAGACUCCACAAGAACGCUUUUCUGAAUCAGCCUUCACUAUAUAUUCAUCCGGACGGUCUGCCAUCCACAUUCACCAUCAUUCUGACGUUCCGACUGCUGCCAGACUCACCGACCGAAGCCUUCGAUAUCUGGCAGGUGUCGGACAAGAAUUACAAACCUGAGACCGGUGUCACCAUUGACCCGUCCGGUCAAGCGGUUUCGUUUUAUACAAAGGACACUACAGGCGAGAUCCAACGAGCCACAUUUAAAAACGAUCAUGUGAAGAAAAUUUUCCAUGGAAGCUUCCACAAGCUCCACAUCCUGGUGUCUCCCAAGAGCGUCAAACUGCACGUGGACUGCCAGGAAGUGGCUGAGAAGGAGAUUAAACAGAGAGGAAACAUAUCGACAGAUGGAUAUCAAGUGCUCGGCAAGAUGUCCAAAUCUAUCGGUUCUAAAGGAGAAUCGGCAACCUUCCAGCUCCAGAUGUUUGACAUUGUGUGCAGUCUCGGAUGGACCAGCAGGGACCGAUGCUGUGACCUUCCUUCAAUGAGAGAUGAAUCCAAGUGUCCUUCUCUUCCAAACGCCUGCACAUGCACUUCAGACAGUACGGGGACUCAGGGCCCUCAGGGGCCAGUGGGUGCACCAGGAAGCAAAGGACCCCGGGGUGAGAGGGGAGAUCCAGGUCAAAUUGGUCCAGUUGGGCCGCGUGGAGAAAUGGGUUUGCCUGGUCCGAUGGGCCCUCCAGGACCACAGGGACCCAGUGGGCUCUCCAUCCCGGGCGAGGCGGGUCGUCCAGGUCCAAAGGGAGAUCCGGGCGAUGCUGGCUUACCUGGACAGAAAGGUCCACCAGGACCAGCUGGUGCUAUUGGGCCUGUUGGACUGGCGGGAAUACGGGGACCCCCAGGCAAGGAGGGGCCAGUGGGACCCCGAGGCCCUCAAGGACCUAUGGGACCCCCAGGAGCCCCUGGAAUGCCGGGACCCACUGGAAAGCCUGGAAAAUCUGGAGACACAGGUGUUCCGGGGCCUUCGGGGGUUAAAGGAGACAAAGGAGAACGAGGAGACAUUGCAUCGCAGAGCAUGAUGCGUUCUAUUGCCAGACAAGUUUGUGAACAGCUUGUGAAUGGGCAAAUGGGUCGAUUUAAUGAAAUGCUAAACCAGAUCCCCAGUAACUAUCACAGCAACUCUCCUGGGCCUGCUGGCCCCCCCGGACCACCCGGACCCCAGGGACCACGUGGAGAGCCCGGUCGGAUAGGCAGAAAUGGCCAGCCAGGAAGUCCAGGGUUGCCUGGUAGCCAGGGAGACCGAGGAUUGACCGGAGAAAAAGGAGACAGAGGAAGUCCAGGCAUUGGAGAGAGAGGACAAAGAGGUGCCACCGGACCACCUGGCCCACCAGGUGAGUCCAGAACUGGUCCCCCUGGUCCCAGUGGUUCCCCCGGCAACCGUGGUCCACCUGGUCGCAAUGGUGUCGCCGGAGUACGGGGUCCACCCGGCCCAACAGGCUACUGUGACUCUUCUCAGUGUGUCGGAAUUCCAUAUAACGGACAGGGUUACAGAGAACAGUUUCCACCUGACGCUGAGCGUGUAGUCCCAAUACCUGAAGAAGACUUUGAGAUAUCACCAAACCAGCGGCGCAAGAGAUCACUGCCUGAGACGAGAUCCAAAAGGAUAGUCUGGUAA